CACGUUCGAACUUAAAUUAGAUGUGAUUGGGCAUGUCUGACAGAAUAAUCGCAUGUAAUAGAAAUGAUCGGUAAUUAAAAUACACUGCAAAGUCAUGUAAUUAUCUGAAUUUGAUUAGUACAAAAAUUAGUCAUUAUGAGUGGUAAAUAUUUAUUUAUCUGAUCUGGUUUCACGAGUAGUCUGUUCAAAGCAGCAAAUCUGUUGUAAAAUGGGUUAAGUGAUCAGAACUUUAUGAGAAAUCCCUUAUCAGUUCAGCAUCUAAUCAUGAAAACAAAUAUUGUGUUAGUGUUGCUGCUGUGUGCUUCAGCUAGCUUGGCUGCCAAAGUGUUCCAUGUCACAAGUGCAAAGGGAACGUAUAAGAUGUCUUACUGGGAAGCACAUCAAGCUUGUGGGAUAAUGGGUGCUCAUCUUGCUACACAAGCAGAAUUAGAAGAGCUGAGGCAAACUAAUUUCUCUUUGUGCGCGUGUGGAUGGACUUUAGACAAGACGGCAUGGUUUCCAAUGACUACAGCGGUUGAUGGUUGUGGUGACGCUCCUGGCUUACAUCAAUGCUAUUGGCAGGAUCAUUGGGAUGCUUGGUGUUAUAAAGGCGACUCUAUUGGAGACUGCACUACAGCUCUCGGAAUUGAAAGCGGCAAAAUUGACCCUUCUCAAAUCUACGCAACUUCGGAAUACAAGCACACGUUUCUGAUAUUUUUCUCAAACAUUUGGAGUGCGCAAGUCGCUCGACUUCACAAUAAGGACAUGGUAAAUGCAUGGAUACCCGCACACCAUCAUCGUCGUGACCAACACAUGGAGGUCGAUUUGGAAAAGCCAACAGCGGUAACUGGAAUAUUAACACAAGGCGCAAGUCGUUAUAAUGUGAAAAUGUGGGUUACAAAAUAUUUAAUCAAAUUUAGCAAAGAUGGUCACAAUUACAAAACUGUACAAGAAGGAGGAAUAGAUAAGAAAUUCGACGGUAACGUGGAUAACGAUGGCUUAAAGCGCAACAUGUUCCCAGAACCAGUUCUUGCUCGAUAUAUUCAAAUACAGCCACUGGAGUAUCAUAACCGCAUUGCUCUCAGAAUAGAACUUCUCGGUUGCGAUCUAGAAGUAUACGAAGCGGCACAAGCAAUGAGUCGUGACAUAGUUGUGACAAAUGUUGGAGGAGAGGAAAAGCCACCAAGUGCUGACGUAUUUCUCACUGGAGAAAAAUAAUACUCAUAAUGCUGAUCAGCAUUAUCUCCUGUUAAUAUGCCAGAUGCCAAAAAAACAGACAAAAACUUACUCUCUUAAAAGGGUAUGAAUGUCAUUUGGAAAAUCAUUGUUCAGUUGUCUAUAAAAAUGAAUUUCUCACUCGUUUUGAAAAAUCAUUGUUCAGUUGUCUAUAAAAAUGGACUAAACGCUUUUUAUCAUCUUUAACAUUCAAGAAUUCCUCACUCGUUUCGAUAUAUAUAACUUCUUUUGGAAAUAUAUUCGAACUAGUGCUCACAUUGUAUAAUAGUUCAUUUAUAUUAAAAGCUGGUUUAUGUAUAAUCUCUAGUCUGGUAUGACGUAUCUAUUAUUUUGACGUUUGUAGAAGUAAAUAAGAUCAAUACAUAUAGAAAUAUUGCAAAAGAGAUUUAAUAUGCACUUAUAUACAGAGUGUAUUGAAUGCAGCACUAACAAAUAUAAACAUCUGGCAUUUGAAAUGAAUAUGAAAGACGAUGCAACAGACCGAACAACUUCAGCAUCUCAUUUAAGGCCGGUGUCCAUUACAUCUCAAUUCUUGGACCCACAUUGUUUUCGUAUUAUCCAUCACCGAUCCUCUGGUUAUUCUCAUUUGCAAAUUGCUUGUUUAUGCUGAUGAUGCCAUUCUUCAUUAGUGUAAUAAUGCAAAGUCUGACAAUCAACUGAAUGGAUGGAUAUUCGGAAGCAUCAAUGCCAACCAAGAAAAAAGUAUGCUGAUCAGUUUGUGUAGUAACUCUGAUUCAGCCAGAGUUUUAAUGUUGCAAGAAACCUGAGAUAAUCAACUGAAUUUCGUUAAUUUUCGUUUGGUUAAGCCUUUCGUUAUUUUUUGUUGAUGAAAAAUCAUUGAUGAAAAUAAAAAAAUGCCGUGGUUGAUAGUUAUAGUUAUGAAACAAUGCUGGAAUCGCCUGCUUUACUUCGAUUUGGUAAUUGUAUAAUUAACUCAUGUGUAAAUGUUGUUGAUGAACGGGAUGGCGAUAUUUAGCAGUAUUAAUUUUAGGGAAGUAUUUCACUUUCUUUAUUUCUCUAAGAGGUCGUACGAUUCUUCAUAGAAGAUCGCCUACAGCAGUUUAUUUAACUAAAUAAUUUAACUAAAUUGAAGAAACAAUACAAGCAUUCAGCCUCACACACGGCUUAGAGUUAAAUAAAUGAUUUUGUAAUAUAUUUCAAUUUCGUUGA